CAGUGCGCGGAGCCGCCGGAGCCGCCGGAGCGGCCGGAGCGAGCGGAGCCGGCGGCCCCUCGGCCGGGCCGGGCCGCGGCCAUGAAGGGGAAGGAGGAGCGGGAGGGCGGAGCGGCGGGGCCCGGGACGGCGGCGCCGGGCUCGGGGGGAGGCAGCGGCAGCCCCGAGAAGAGCCACAGCGCGCAGGAGCACAAGGAGCAGGGAAACCGGCUCUUCGGCGGCCGCAAGUACCCGGAGGCCGCCGCCUGCUACGGACGCGCCAUCAACCGCAACCCUUUGGUGGCCGUGUACUACACCAACCGGGCUCUGUGCUACCUGAAGAUGCAGCAGCACGACAAGGCGCUGGCAGACUGCAAGCGGGCGCUGGAGCUGGACGGGCAGUCGGUCAAGGCUCACUUCUUCCUGGGCCAGUGCCAGAUGGAGAUGGAGAACUACGACGAGGCCAUCGCCAACCUGCAGAGGGCCUACAACCUGGCCAAGGAGCAGCGGCUGAACUUCGGGGACGACAUCCCCAGCGCGCUGCGCAUCGCCAAGAAGAAGCGCUGGAACAGCAUCGAGGAGAAGCGCAUCAACCAGGAGAACGAGCUGCACUCCUACCUGACCAAGCUGAUCAUGGCCGAGAAGGAGAGGGAGCUGGCGGAGUGCAGGAAGGCUCAGCAGGAGGAGAAUGCGGAGGAGAGCCGGAGCCGAGUGCAGCUGGCCAGCAUUGAGGCCAAGCACGACAAGUACUUGGCAGACAUGGACGAGCUCUUUUCUCAGGUGGAUGAGAAGAGGAAGAAGCGGGACAUCCCCGACUACCUGUGCGGGAAGAUCAGCUUCGAGCUGAUGCGGGAGCCCUGCAUCACUCCCAGCGGCAUCACCUACGACAGGAAGGACAUCGAGGAGCACCUCCAGCGUGUGGGGCAUUUCGACCCGGUGACACGGAGCCCCCUGACCCAGGACCAGCUGAUCCCCAACCUCGCCAUGAAGGAGGUGAUCGACGCCUUCAUCUCGGAGAACGGCUGGGUGGAGGAUUACUGAGGGCCUGGCCGUGCCCCUCGUGCCCCCUGGCCGUGCCCCCCGGGCUGGCACGCUGCCUUACUCGCUCUCUGGCUGAUCCCCCCUGCCCUGGGUGCCCACAGCCCCAGCGCUGGCCACGGGCUCGUCACCAUCUCCCCUCCCCGAGGCUCUGUGGGGGCUGGGUGGGUUUCUGCCCCACAGGGAAGAGCUGCUGGGUCUGGGGGGGUCUCUCCAGCAUCUCCUUUGCCCAGAGAGCAGGUGCCCCCUCGUCUCCAGCAGCUGCCAGUCCCCAGCCCUCCUGUGCUGCCCUGGGGAUGAGCGUCUGGGGCUGGUCUGGCUGGUCCCCUCCAUGUGUACAGAGCUGUUUCCUCCUCCUCCCCCUCUGCCACCUGUACCCCUUCCAAAGGCAAGAGACCAACACCCAGUUGCCCACCAGCUCAGAGCUGGGUCACACAGCCCCUAGGCCCCUGCUAACAAAGGGUUAAGUUGCCCAAAUUAAACGUUGUUCUUCCUUUUUAAUGAGAUGAAAUGGCUUUGGGACAAAACCCCCCAAAGCCCAGCCCAAGCAGCAGCAGCUGCCAGGCACCCAGCGCUGGGGGGGCAGCAGGAGGCCUUUGGGGCAAGUUUUGCCAAUGUCAAGGGAAACACAACACUGAGAACAAUAAAAAAUAUGGUUCAAAAGGUAAUUCAGCAAUAAAUGUGGAAAACAAAAA